AUGCAUGAAGACGUAUAAGCAAUCAUACAAAUUAAAUGCUUGAAUAGGUAGCUAGCCAGAUGCACACUGUGAAAUGAAUAAACGGUUGGGGUUCGCUGGUGACUUCAUAAGCGAAACGGUCUUCACUGGGCUCAGUAGAUCAAGCGUCUAGUUGCUGCAAGUUUCCACAAACUCUCCUACGUGCAAGUCGGAAAGCCCAUAGUUACUUCUUGUCAACCCGAAUGGUUUGCAACAGCUGACAAGGAAGUGUUAUUAAGCAAUUGCACACUCCAAGGUGCUCAAAGCUACUCGUCUUUGCCGUUAUUCGUCUGAGAUCAGUUGAUCAAAAUUUGCAGCAGCACAAGGGAAUAAUCAAAGCAGAGAAACAGCUGUCUAGUGAAGGACAUUUAAAUUACAGCAGAAUAUGCAAGAAAACUCUGUGCAAGACGAAGAAAAGGCAAUUGAAAGACUCUCGACGAUGCAUGCAGAUAAGAAGCGUUGCAAAUCAUACAGCAUAGCAGAUAUUCUUGGUCUAAAUGAUGCAAAGAAAAAACGCUACGAUUCCGAAAGUUCUUCGAGCCCGGAUUCAUCACCGUCCAGAGCGCAGUCUCCUGGCCAAGAGUCUCCAGGAUCUCUUGAAAGUCCCUCAUUUUCUGAUGGCGAGAAGAAGACAGAGGCAUUACAGGACGGACUGGCAAGCUUACGAGACCAACAGAACGGCAUACCAAAGAAACGAAGGUACAGGACAACGUUCACGACAUACCAACUCGACGAACUCGAACGGGUAUUUGUCAGGACCCAUUACCCAGAUGUUUUUCUUCGAGAGGAACUUGCAAUGAAGUUAAAUCUUACAGAGGCAAGAAUUCAGGUAUGGUUUCAAAAUCGGCGUGCCAAAUGGAGAAAGAGGAACAAACAUGACGGCAGCAGGGCUUCAUCGCCAGCGUCGAACAAUUUAACAAUAUUACCACAGACAUUUCACUCUAACGUAUGCAAUUCCCUUUUCCUAAAGACAUUGAACCACACAUCCCAUCUAUCCACGCCCAAGAUGCCGAGACUGCCAUUAAUACCAUUCGCGAAACCAAUGUCGACCUGUUUCGGUGGGCCAUCGUGCACGCAUUGUCGAAACGCAAUUCACGUAUAGCGAGGAUACUGGCAAAUGAUUGGUGCUUGGUUACGCAAACUUAGUUGCGAUAGCAGAAUAUAAAUAACACACUUCGUGAGCAGUAACAUCGAUAAAUGCAGCUUCGCUCGGUUUCGAAGACAGAAAUAAUACCAAACUAUACUCCAAGGGUCGUUAGACGAUUCUAGGACAACUAAUUCAAAGCUGACCAAAACGACCAAGGAGAUUAAAUCUCAAAUGAUAACCUAGAAUAACUUGCAACUAACGUAUGAAACAAUUCUGGUGAAAAAAGCAUGGAAAUUUCUUACCAGUCGAAGGAAGGUGUUCUUUCAAUCUUGCUUGGAAAACAGAUACAAACUUCAUGUAAUGCUCUUCAGUAAUCACUUAGUGUUACUGCCUAAAAAGCAUAAUUCAGAACUUCUGUGACAGAACAAUUUGCUUGAUUUCGUCACAUGGAGAUUUUAUUUGAAACUCAAUGUCAUGACACAGAAGUUAUUUCUGUCUUCCGUAACAUAGAAAUUGUUUACAGCAGCGUUGUCUGACAUCAAACUUUGGGUUUAUUAAUUCCUGGGUCUACUCAACUGAGUUUGUUUGUCUUGGUACUGUCAAGGGAAAAUAAGCUUUUGAGCUCUUGUCUUAUAUGGUAUAAAAAUUUACUCAAUACGACAUUCAGUGAUUUUUAUCACUUUCAAUUACCCCCAUGAUACUGUCUAGAUACUUUAAAACUGUCCCCGAAGACGAAAAGCGAAUCAUUCAAAGGAUCCCUCAAGAUUUUCUAACGAGCCACACCACUGAAUGGCAAAGUAUUUGCUUGGUAGGCCUGAUUGACAUACCUCGUCUGAAUCCAAACAAAGCUUUAAAGGGACUCCAAGCCUAUACCAUUUGGAAUGAAUUGUAAUCAUUGAGUUUUUAAUCAUAUUUCUAGAUCUCUCAAGGGUAUUUUCAAUCCUCAAGAACGUAAAAAUAAAAACUGACUUAAAAAAUUCCAUUACGCAACCUGCUGUAUCGCUUUCGUUAAAAUUGACAGAAAAAUGUUUAAAAAACCAUUUUUGGGGUUUAAAUUUUUAAAUCGUUAGAGAAGGUUUUAGGUUGACUCUUUUUUUAUAUAGAGUAGAUAUGUAAAAAUACUUAGAAUAGAAGGCUGGGUUUCCAGGAACUCCUGCUUUCCUAAAUGGUUAAUUAACACAUUCUCGAAGGAUGGUAUUCAUUUGUACAAUGUAAAGUUAAUGUACACGGGAUUGGCGUAGAAUUUGUUAUAUUUAUUAUUUUCAAGUAUUGCACCAUUUUCACACAAUAUAAAAGCAUCGAUAAACGUUUUUC